GUCUAUCAGUCUUUCAUCUAUCCUCGCGCGGGCGCCUUUCAUUGGAUCUGAAACUCAUAAAAAAAGCGAAUUGUGCCGCGUGUAGUAUUUAAUUAAACUACUUGUACUUACCUCCCUAGCAGCGUGAUCAUCGCAAAGCUUGGUUCUCGACUCCAUCAUGCUUCAGCGUGCUUCCACUCUAUUCCUGGAAAGUGAUUUUUCCUCGGAGACAAAUGCAACAUGCCGCGGGGCCACGAUCUUCGAUACUAUGUGGUCGACGUUCUCGUUCAUAGGCAAAGGAGCAAAUACCGGAGGCGGAUUUUGUUCCGGGGUAUUAGGACAUCAUCAAGACGAAAAAUUACAUCAGCUGGUGCAGGAGCAUCAUUUUCAUUACCCCAACGUCGGGACAAAGUCCUUCGGAAAAAGAAGCGUAAGGACAGCGUUUCCGCCGGCGGAAGACGGUAGUUGUCGGAAGGCCGGGGCUAUCAACUGUAAAAAUGUCUGGGUCUGGAAGAAUUCAUGUUUGUCAUGCUUGUCUGGCAUGAUGACUCUUAAAUCUGUCAUGGACGUUACCCAAGAGCUCCGCUUUUCUGUGAUGCAGAGCCGCAGUUUGUCAUGCUGAAGAGGCAACACCUAGGAGCUCAGAAACUUGUCAUGCUGAGCCAGUAUUCGUAGCCUCAUUAUGAGACGCCACCCAGCAUCACAAGUUUCCAGACCCAGACAUGUUUACAUUUGAUAGGGGCGACAAACUCCUGCUUGUUGAAGGUCGUGCCAGGAGAUUUUUUAUCAACUGCAAAUGUGUCUGGGUCUGGAAGAAUGCAAGACUUGUCAUGCUAGUCUGGCAUGACUCCGCACUCUGUAUUGCGUGGCCAUGCAAAAACGCAGUUUCUCAUGCGGAAUACGCAACACAGAAGCACGAAAAAACUUCUCAUGCUUGGCUGCGCAUUACAGUUCACUUUAUUGUUCACUGACUUGCAUCGCAAGUUUCCAGACCCAGACAUAUUUGCAAUGCAUGUUUUUAUGAGGUAAACGGGAUUCCGGACGUCCACGACGAAGUGGUCAAAACAGAGUAUGAAACGCUCGUUAGCUGGAAAAAUCUCAAACGGAACAAUACCUGCUUCCAUGACAGGCUGCAAGUGCAAAGUAACUCUAGUUUGUAUUCUUUCUACUACUCAACCCUGCAGCUACUUUGCAAGACAGACAAUUUUCGACCGAUAUCAGUGCAGAUGCGGUUUCUUUAGAGUUCCAUGUUAGGGUUGACCAUGUCAUGCUAAACUAACAAGAACAUAACGCGUACAUUGCGACUACCGAGAUCAUCAUGAUGCGCAUAAUUUUCCCGGAUCGCAAUCACAAAAACAAAUUGUUCUAGUUUAGAAAUGGCUCCCUUUGACGAGCAGGCCAUACAAGCAUCUGCGUGCCGCCUGGGCGAGUGGCCGAAUACCAAAAUUGGAUGGACCAGACUCCUGAGUGGCGCGCGGCGAAGCGCAAGGCGCGCGAAGACGCCGAGUUGCGACGGAAGCAGGAGGAGUGGAACGCAUUGACGAAGGAGGAAAAGAAUGAACGCGUGCAGCUCGCGAGGUUCGAAGCGGAAAAGGCCGCCAAGAGUCAGAGCAGCGACGACAAAAAGGAGGACCCUUUGGAGGUAAUUAAAAAGAAGCUCAAAAUAAAAAUGUUUUCCGAAAUGAAAAAUGUCCGCUGUGCAAACUACUAAUCCUGCUCGCUGCAGGAGGCGGGGCGGAAAUCGAAAGAUUGAUGCGAUACAUGUAUGAAGAUGAUCCGUAAAUAAGCUAAAUCUAAAA